CGCCCCCUGUUCUUUGGGAUUGGCUUCGCGGGAGAGGAAGACAAUGGGAUUGGCGGCUUCGAGAAUUGGGGGGUGGGCGUUACGUCACGCUCCUCCGCCUUGUGUUCAGAAUUGUUCCAGAUUAAUGUGAAACGAAGAUAGCGUAUGUACCGACUUGGCCAUGGAGAAAGUGCUGUGCAGCGUGCAUGGACAUCCCUGCUUUUUGAAGACCGGUAUCCGGGAUGGUCCGAACAAAGGCAAAAGCUUUUAUAUGUGUGGCAUCCAAGGCCAACAACCAUGUGGAUUCGUGCUUCCCACAGAGCUUUGCCCUUCUCACUGCUUGGUGCAUGAGGAACAUAUAGUGGAAUUGCAAGUUUUGAUCCAGCAACAGGAGGCAGACACAUACAAGCUGUUCUAUCGGUGCAAUAGAGCCAAACGGGAAGGGAAGCAAUGGUGUGGAAGUGUCCUGUGGCAGGAUUCAAAAGCCGCCAUAUUGUCGACUAAGCCACGAUCUCAGCAUGCCUCAGAAUUGCUCCAGAAUCAUAGAUAUCAAAGAAACCCAUUCAAAGUACCAAACAAGAAUCAUGAAUCAUUUUCUUUGAAACAAACAAAUGACAGUGGGGACUCAGUAAUAAAAGAAAAGGAGAGGAGAGAGGCUCUAGAUAAAAAGGAUCAGCAGAGCUUGUUGCCUGAAUCUGUUAGGAAAGAGAUUCCAGCAGCAACAAAGAUCAAGAACAAAACAUUAGAAAAAUGUGAAGGGUCACACAAGGAAGGAACAGAAGCUCAGUUAAAACCAAGUGAACCCACAACUGAAAGAGAGAGAAAAAUAUUGUUGGAUACAAACAACCAUAGUUCUAGCAAAAUCUUUGAGAUGAAUUCUGGACACAGAAGGCAGGAUACAGCUGUGAGAUCUACUAAAGAUGGUUUACGAAAAGAAGAGAGACCAAAGCAAUCAUUGUUAAGUGUCAGUAGCCAAACAUCAAGCAUAAAGCAUGUUAAUGAGGAGCAACUUAAAAGGGAAGGAUCUGAAACCUGCAAGGACAAAACAAUAAAAAUGAAGGCAAGCAGCAACUGGGGAACUGCGGAGAAGACCCUGAUGCCCAGGGAACUUGUGACCAUUCUGGAAUUAACAGGCUUGCCAACAGCUCAUCCUAAAGGAAUCCCAGAAAAACACUCACCUCUGUUACAGUCAGAAAUAGCUCCAGAAGAGAAAAACAGUACUACUAAAAAUGUUAACAGUGAUGAACAUGACAGACUUGCAUCUUUUAAAUUGCCUGAUGGGCAGGUACUGGAUUCCCAUCAGGGAAAAGAGUGCAGUGAACAGAAUUUCUUUUCCACGUCACCAGAAACAGCCACUUUGCAAAUGGCAGAAAGUCUGGAUUCCAAAACUCUUCACAGCCAACUUUCAGCUCAGCUGAGACAGAAAAAGAGCACUUUGAAAAUGGUGAAUGUGCAGGCCCUACCCGAUAAAGGGGAGCGAUUAUUAAAGCGAGUGCAGGAGCUGGAAGCGGCGCUUAGCUCUCUUAACCUGGAGGCAGAAGAAAGUGUAAAGGAAGCUGGCUUUUGCAGAGCAGGAGAUGUGAGCAGUAGUAAGUGUGAAGAGAAACUGCACAAUCCAUUCACCAAGACCACCACAGGACAGCCAAGUGCUGUGACAGGACGAGGGCCACAGCAAGUCCAGGAGCAUCAUGUAACCAGCUCCUUCAAGCUCCAGCCUCCUUUGGGAUAUAGUCAGUUUUGCAGCAACAUUUAUAGAGAGGAUUCCCAUAUGCAGGCCCUUUAUGGAGGGCGAAUGACUGAAGUUCGUCUGCGAGCUGUGUAUGAUGCCACAAGUGAUGCAAUCAACCAGCUUCACAAAUCCCUUGAGUCCUGCCCAAAGGAGGAGACUGUGGUUGAGGAUCCACCUGAGUUAAAGAUCUUCCUGCUCCUGCAUCAGAAGCAUGCACUUGCUUGGCUUCUCUGGCGAGAGAGUCAGAAACCAUGUGGAGGAAUUUUGGCGGAUGAUAUGGGCCUAGGGAAGACUUUGACAAUGAUUGCUCUUGUCUUGGCCCAGAAGGGUUUACAGAAAGAGAAAGGAAAAGAGAAGAAACUAGAGCUUUGGAUGUCAAGACAAGAUACCUCAGUUAUCCUGUCCCAUGGCACACUGAUUAUCUGUCCUGCAUCCUUGAUCCAUCACUGGAAAAAAGAGGUAGAAAGACAUGUUAGAAGCUGCAAGCUGAAAGUCUGUCUGUACCACGGACCCAACCGAAUUAAGAAUACGACUGCCCUUUCUCAAUAUGACAUUGUUGUCACCACUUACAGUCUCCUUGCCAAGGAAAUUCCUACACAGAAGGAAGACGCAGAAGUUGCUGCUGAAGAUCACGUCGUACAGGAUAAAUCAGUUCCCUUCUCUCCCCUGCUGUGGAUACACUGGGCUCGAAUUAUACUGGAUGAGGCCCAUAACAUAAAAAACCCCAAAGUGCAGGCCUCAAUAGCUGCCUGUAAACUGCGAGCUACUGCCAGAUGGGCUGUCACUGGGACACCCAUUCAGAACAACCUCCUGGAUAUGUAUUCUCUGCUAAGAUUCCUUCGCUGCUCUCCUUUUGAUGAAUUCAAGGUGUGGAAGAAUCAGGUGGAUAAUAAUACAAGAAAAGGAGGAGAGAGGUUGGCCCUUUUAACCAGGAGCCUCUUAUUACGAAGGACUAAGGACCAGCUGGACUCAUCUGGCAAGCCUUUGGUAUCACUGCCUCAGCGUCAAACUCUACUGAACAGAUUAAAACUCUCAGAAGAUGAGCAAUCAGUGUACGAUGUGCUGUUCACAAGAUCAAGAUCAACGCUGCAGUCCUACAUCAAACGGCAGGAGGGUCAGUGCACAGAGUGGUCCGCGGGGGAUAACCCGUUUGACAAAGGAGCACAGCAGUUUAGGUUUGACCAACAAAACUCCUUGGAAAAGGCUCACAAAGAUACUCCUCUCGCCUCCACUACCAUUCACAUUUUGUCCCUGUUGCUGAGGCUCCGUCAGUGCUGCAGCCAUCUUUCCUUGCUGAAAGUGGCUCUUGACCAGGCUAACCUGAACAGUGAAGGCAUCUCCCUCUCACUGGAGGAGCAGCUCAGUGCUUUGACCUUGUGUGAAUCUGAUACCAGUGACCCUCUGUCUAUGGUGUACCUCUUUGGUACAGCUUUCAAUGUGGAUCUCUUUGAAACAACCAAACAGAGCACUAAGCUAUCGCAUCUCUUGGAAGAGCUGAAGGCCAUCAAAGGUAAUUGCCAGAAAAGUGUCAUUGUGUCUCAGUGGACUAGUAUGCUGAAGGUGGUAGCUAUACACCUUGAGAAGCUGGGCCUGCGAUAUGCCACAGUGGAUGGCUCUGUGAAUCCUAAGCAGAGGAUGGAUGUAGUUGAGGAAUUCAACAAUAAUCCUAAAGGACCUGAGGUGAUGCUGAUCUCUCUCCUGGCUGGAGGUGUUGGCCUUAAUCUCGUUGGGGGAAACCAUCUCUUCCUCCUAGACAUGCAUUGGAAUCCAGCACUGGAGGACCAAGCCUGUGAUCGCAUUUACCGUGUGGGGCAGCAAAAUGAUGUCAUGAUCCAUAGGUUUGUCUGUGAAGAGACAGUAGAAGAAAAGAUAUUGGAGCUGCAAACCAAGAAAAAAGAGCUGGCCAAGAAAGUGCUGUCAGGAAGAGGAGAUUCCUUAACAAAGCUCACACUGGCAGACCUCAAAGUCCUUUUUGACAUUUAACCAUUGCUUUUUUAAUAUGCAGAAGACAUAUGUAUGUGCCUUUUAAAACUUCGCUGUAUUAUAGUAAUAAAGUGG